AUGGCGGACCUGAUCAAGGGAGCCCCCGAUCCGAAUGGACCGCAAGUGUUCGUGGCCGACAAGAUCCAAACCAUUGGAUUAGCAUCAGUCUCAAAUGGGAUACCAUCAAUCUACUUCUCGGGGCUGGAAAUCCGGAAGCUUGCCGAAAACGUAGGGCACGCCAUUGUAGCAAUAUGGUGUAACCUAAUUGGCCUUCCGAUCCACCUAUUCGAUCAAUCAGCCCUCUUCGCCAUUGGCAAGCUCCUAGGGACGCCAAUACAAGUUGACCGAGCCACCGCGAACAAGACAAGGCUCUCCUUUGCGCGCAUUUGCGUCGAGAUUGAUAUCACGAAACCACCCCCCGAAGAAAUCAUACUUGAUAUUUGUGGAAGAGAGACGGCCCAACAAGUGCGGUGGGAUAAAAUUCCAGCCUAUUGUCGGGAGUGUAAGCACGUCGGCCACUCGAGCAAUGUUAGCUAUGCUGUGGGAAAGACCGAGAGGCCACCGAAAAGAAACUACAACAAUGCAGCCCCCCAAAAAGCAAAUCAAGAUGGAAACGGUCCCACGGAAAAGCAAGCCAAUUUGGAGGCCAAGCAAAAUGAUACCAAUGAGUGGAGACGGCAAAGGAGAAACAAAGGAAAGGGAUCACCCCCGAAAGCUAGGCAGAGUGGGGAGGAGUCGGUCUGGGAGGGUCCGGACAUUGUGGGCAACCUUCAAGAAGAUGAUGGGCUUGGGAAAGGUCAACUUAACACAAGGCCGGUCCAAGGUGAGGAAGCCGCUACUAAAUACUCAAUGGGGCCGAGUCGAAUAAAAUCGAAAGAUGAGGAAUCAACGGGUGUGCCGUGGGAACAUGGAGACACAAGCCGUCGGAUGGCUUUGAGCUCCCGAGGUGGGUCAAGAGGGGGCUCGAGAGGGCGAGGGCGACAUCCCCCAUCAAACCAUGGAAGGAGUGAAGAUGAGUGGACGGGCAAUGUCAUGAGCACAAACAAGUACUACUCGCUCAUGGCUAACGGGGAAUUUGACGUCGAAGCAUGUGGCGAGAUGGAUGAGGAGGAAAUGGAUUUCCAAACCUUUGGUGCACAACCUAAGGAUGCCUCGCAACAAGUUGAUGCCGACAACCACUCGAUGGAUGAUAACCAUCAGAUUGUCAUAUUCCAAGGAGGGCCUUCAAACCUUCCGGGUACGACCCUACCUUGUUAA